UGUACAUUUCGUAAUCUUUGUCGAUUAGACUUCCUCUUUGAGAAGGAUUAUUGUACUAAUGUAUAUGCCUUUGCAAUACACUUUCCAACAUGUGGAACUUAAGAUUCUCUUGAUAUUUGACUUUUCAUUCGUGAGCUGCUGUCAACGAACUUUCACGAUCGUUGAAACUUCACUAAUGUCUUGUUGACGAAAAAGAUAGCUGAAUAAAGAGAUCUCUUGUCGUGAUUAUGAUGAGAGUAAAUUUGUCUGGCGAAUGUUGCAAUGAUGUUUGUAGUGACGAUGAUGAAGUCUCCAAUGAUAACUCGCCAUUGGCGAACUAUGUGAACUGUGAAAAUGUGAUAUUAUCAAAGAAAGUAGGUGUGAUGUGGAAUAUUAGCUCGUACUUGUGUGAUAUUUGGAGGCCGAUUGGUCGUGUUUUAUUCAAUAAUGAGAGCAUUUUGACAAACAUUGAAGAAGAACAUUGUAAUGAGGAUGAAAGAGAAAAAGCUUAUCAAAUGCUGUUGAAGUGGUCUCGACAACAUGGUAGCGACGCCACGUUAAAGAAGUUGCUCGAUGUUCUUUUUGCCAUGAAGAAAGAUGAGAUCGUUGAUGCCAUUAUUUUGCAAGUAAACGAUGCUGCAAGUCCUAAGCCUUCGCCAAGUUGUAGUGAGCGAGCCAAGAAAUUGGAAGAGAAAAGUCGUGCAAAAUGGCAAAAAAAUGCUUUGAAAAAUUUCAAAAAAACUUUACAGUUAUACGAGGAACGUCUCCAGGAGAUAGAAAGGGUUCAACAACAGCAUUUCAUCACGAAGGAAGCACAAGAAAUCAAAGACAGCCUACGCGACAUUGAUAGAAAUUACUUCGCUGAUCAUCUCAAUUGGCUUCAUGCCAAGAUCGAGGAACUGGAGUACAGUGGUCAGCGGUGUAGUUUUCGUGAGCAACAACUUCGUGUUAUAGCUGAUCGGUUGUAUAAAUUAGAUAAAACUUUGGGAAAGCACUGUGAGAGUUUGGGUGAAUUACGUGUGUUAAAUUAUCAACAAGUUGAAUGUGCUUUUGCUGGCUUGUGCGUCUUUCGUUACACAAAAAUUCCCAUUGGACGACAAUCUCGACGAUACAGCAACAGCAAAGAUGAAGAGGUUAGUAAUGAUGAUGAGAAAAAAAUGUGUCCCCAUAUUCGACAAGAGGAGCACACUAGAAGAAAACUUAGAGUUUCCAUUACAGACGAUGAUGAACAAUCUCAGUUGUCAGAAUUUGUUGCGCAAUUUUGUCGACAUUACCAACAAAAUAGACCUUUUACAUUUGAGCAUUGUCUUUUUAAUGGAAUUUCUCCAGGAUCACGUUCAACUGUGCAUAUCUCUGCACCACCACCUCUAUCAAUCAUUGAUCCUAAUACCCUCCCUACUCCACGUUAUCAAUCGAGUGAAGUGAUAACUGAUCUUUUUACGAGGCCUAAACAGACACGUCAUUUGAACGGUUGGGUGAAUGAAGUCAGUGUUUGGAUUUAAGAAGCGUUGAUUGUAAAUCCAUGUAUAUAUUUAAAGCGUGUUUUUGGCAGCUGUUGUAUCUUCAUAAAUAAUUACUUGUCGUUUACUGUUGCAUUUUUGAUUUAGUCUUAUGACUAUUUCUAAUAUCGUCAACACGACUACACAGUUUUUUUCAUCAUCAGCAAUGUUAAUUAACGAUUACGCUUUUGAAAUCAAGUGAUGCAAUGCAUCGCGAUGUUGUGAUGCUGCACCUAAUGUUUGUGUCAACCGCAAAGUUUUUAGCGGAAAUGUGUAAACAAUUGAAAGUGAAGAAAACGUAUUUCCUUUCGUAAGGGACGUCUAUAUUACGUAAUAAAUUUUUAAUAUGUGCUUGGUGUAAACUUUCAUUAUCCAAACAAACGUCAUUUAAAGUUGAGAUAGCACAAGUGUUACGUUGAGAAAUAAAAUGGCUUCUUCAUAUAAA